CAUCAGCAUCGCCCAUCAGCCACAGAGCGGCGGCGGCAGCGUCUAAAUAUAAUCAUUUUUAUUUGUGAUUUAUUUAAUCAACAUCUCACCCAGAGGCCAACCCGAGAGAUUGGCGACUGCGGGGGCGGUGCGACAACGAGAUAGAUGGAAAAUAUCAAAGAAAAAAGCGGCAAAUUGCUCUUGAAAGUGAAGGAAAUUGCACAGAAAGUGCAGCAAAGUGCUUGCUUAUCGGUUAUCGGUGAUUGAAUCAAUCAGCCUGUUGAUAUUAAAAUGCCAAAAGUGCUGCUGGUGAAUGGCGACUGAUUAGAGAAGUGCGGAAGUCGUGUGUUGAAAAGGGAAGGAGGCUCUUACAGAGGAUUACGUCUGAGAUAGCACAAUCCCGUUGAAGUAAUGACACGAAAAUUUGACUAAAUAAAUCGGAAAAAUCGGUAAUCGCCCUAAUUGCUAUCGGUUAUCGGAUAAAGUGUAUCUUGGCUUUAUUUUGCCAGAAAAGCAUGAUUGUAAAAUAUUUUAAUCAGUGUUCGCUUUAAGCGCUUAUCGGAUAUUGUUUUUAUCAGUGGCCGAAACUUCCUUAAGUGCGUUUAUGCCCAAAUGGGCGAAUGGAAAGUGAAAUAAUCAGUGUAAAACAUGGCCCAAAAAUGAUUUUGUAAUCGGCAAUCGCUUAAAUCAACAGUCUCAUACGAAAUUGAUGUUGCUGCCGCUGCUAUCGCUUAUCGGUAUUCGCUAUUUGGUAUUUGGUAUUGGUGAAAUCAGCCCGGCCGCGCGUCGAGCUGUCUUUGCUGUCGGCGCAUUCGUUUUGGCCAAACAUUUUAACCACAACAAAUUGUUAUGCGUUAUGUGGACGCUGAUGUUGCUGCAUUAGCUGGCCAUUAUGCAAUAUGCCGCAGUUUGAUGAAUCUUUUUUGAGCGACUGCGCGCUGGCCGACCGCUGGCGUUUCUACUCGUACACGGUCAAGCAAUUGCCUCCAAAUCUGACUGCCAGUCCGAAUCAUGGACACCAUCAUCACCACCAGCGCCAUCGGUGUCUGUGGAAGACACAGCGGCAGUCGUGGUCGCCGCGCGACGACAACAACAACCACAGCAAUCGCAGUCCAAGCAGCAACAGCAACAGCAGCACCUGCAACAUCAGUACCGGCAACACGUUGCAUAGCAUCAAAUUCCACAGACGUCGCAAGCACAAAAAGCUGGCACGAUUGGCGCUAUCAACGCCAGCGAUUCCACAGCAGAUGGAUGUGGAUGUGGAUGUGGAUGUGGAUGUGGAUAUGGCUGGGGCCGUGGAUAGGGAGUUCGAUAUGGAGAUGGACACACCUGUGCCGCUCAAGAAUGCGGUGUGCCACGGCAGCAUCAGUUCUCCGUCCACGCCCGGCACCUGUUCCAGUGGCAUCGGAGUGGGCGGUGGCGGUUGCAGCAGCAGCAGCAACAACAGCAUCAACAGCGGCGGCUACUCCGCCGCGUGCACCCCGCCACCACCCACGCACCACCAUCACGGGCAGCUUCAGCAGCAGCAGGGAACGCCUGGAGGAUCUAGUCGGGUCGGAGGAGUGGGAGGAGGGAGUGGAGUGCCGCCGGCACCACCCAGCGCCGGGUCGUCGGGCCACAAAAACAGCCUAAAGGGCACCAAGCUAGCGCGCCGGGCGCGCUCCUUCAAGGACGACCUCAUCGAGAAGAUCUCCCUGAUGCGGACCACCAACAACACCCUGGGUCGCUCCCACUCGCCGCACAGUCCGCGCACCAAGCACGGCUCGAAGGCGCCGCCCACCACCGAGGAGGUGCAGCGCUCCACCCAGACGCUGGAGACGCACGUCAAGGACAUUUCGAAUGCGCUGAAGCACUUCCGGGAUGUCAUACUCAAGAAGAAGUUGGAGGUGUUGCCGGGCAACGGCACGGUCAUUCUGGAAACCAUUGCCAGCAUGUACUCCGUGAUCCAAACGUACACCCUGAAUGAAAAUAGUGCCAUCAUGAGCGGAGCCACGCAGCAGGUUUACCAGAGCCUGGGCAAGCUUAUCAAACUCUGCGACGAGGUGAUGCUCUCCGAGGAGAGCGGCGAGUGCGCCUCCCUGAGCAACAAGAAUGUGCGGGAGGUCAUUGAUCUUCUGGAGGAUGCCGUGCGGAAUCUCGUUACGCUGGCGCAGGGCAAGCUGAAGGAGCAGGAUCAGUGCGCCUUUCGCUAUAGCGGCUCUGGCUUGGGCGGCAUCGGAGCUGCGGCCGAGAUCAUGGGCAAGGUCACCGCCUCGCCGGGAGUCAUGAGUCAUGUGCCGGGCACGGGCAUUAUGCGCGUCUCAGUCGCCGACUCGAUUGGCCAGCGCACUUCGUUGCCGGACAUAGCGCUCACACCCAAGGAGCGCGACAUUCUGGAGCAGCACAAUGUCAACCCCAUGCGCGGCUCCCAUAGCACCGAAAGCAUCCUGCGCGACACGAGUCCACCGCCAAAGCCACCGCUACCCAAUCGAGCCAGUAAUCCGCCGCCUCUGCCCCCCAAGCGACGCAGUCAGCCCGUGGCACCACCGGGCGCCGGGCCACUGGGCUCCUCUUCGUCGACAUCCACCUCCAAUCAGGCCAGCCCGCUGCCCUACGGCCAGUCGACAAAUAUCAGCAUCAACUCGGACCUGGACUGCAACAUCUCGCUGCUAAACUAUGGCGUGGAUCGCCUAUCAGUGAGGUCGCGGUCCCCGGACGAGAAUAGUCAGUGCUCCUUUGACUCGGCGUUGAAUCACUCGCGGGAGGAGGAGGACCACCACCACCACCAACAACAGCAGCAGCAGCAGCUGAGGCCGUUUCCAAAGAUACCGGGCAUGCUGGACGAGGACAUGGACAAGCUGGUCAGCUACAGCGCCGCCAUGGAGGACAAAGUACAGGCACCCCAACCGAUCGGUGGUGGUGCUGGUAUGGGUGGAGGAGUUGCUAGUGCCAAUGCUGGUGCUGGCGCAACUGGAGGAGCUGGAGCAGCUGGAGCAGCCGAGGGCGGAGCUGCUGCAGCGGCUGGUGGCGGGGAGACUAACAGCAAUCGCCACUCAAACGAAUCGGGUUUCGUCUCGAUGCGCGAGUUCCAGAGUGUGCACUCCUCCACGAAGUCCUCCAGCAGCAAUUCGGACAUUGCGAUAUCGACGGCGGUGGGCAGCAGCAUCCAGUACCAGCAGAUUAGCCAGUCUGUGUCGCACAGUCAGCGGCAGAUCUCGUCGAGCAGCAGCAGCUGCACCGCCACCAGCUGCACAACCAACAGCAGCAGCAGCGCCACCACCAGCACCGGCUAUGGCAGCACCACCAGCGAACUGGAGCAGCAGCACCAGACGACGUCGACGACGAGUGCGUUGGUGGUGGCGGCGGAUCUGGCGCCCGCCCUGCCGCCGAAGAGCGUCCAGAGGAGCAGUCUAACCCGCCACGAGUCGACCGGGGCCGGCGAUGAGCUGGACGAGGCGCAGUCCUCCUCCUCCGGCUGGGCCAGCCACCGGAGCAGCCAGUCGGAGAUGCCCGAGAUGCGGCAGCUGUCGCCGCACCACCACCUCAUGGGCCAUCAGCACAGUGCCAUCUGCAGCAGUCAGCUGCAGCACUGGCCCUCGAAGCACCACAGCCUGAUCGAGGGCACCGGCAGCUGCGGCGCCUUCGACCAGCGCCACUUGGCGGACCAGGAGCCGCCGCCGCUGCCCAUGAAGAAGAAGCACAUGUUUCAAAGUGUGGCCUUUUCGGUUCUGGCCUACAUGGAGAUCUGCUCGGCGUCCACGCGGUCCAUCGAGCAGCACCGCCACACGGUGCAUGCCUACAACAUCAGUCGCAACCUCACGCAGAGCCAGACCAUGAACAUCAUGUCCGUGAGCAAGGAGCUGUCGCCGGAGCUGGAGAUGCCGCCCGCCCUGCCGCCAAAGAACUACAAGCAGCGCAUGGCGACAAACAUGGGAUCGUCGCCCUCGCUGCAGCCCAUUAUUGUGACCACGCCGCCGCCGAGUCCGAAGCCGACGCUGGCCGAGAACGGGUCGAUGGGCAGGCCGGACAGCCGUAUGGCCACCGUUUGCGAGGAGCUGCACGAUGGUUUGGCCAGCGAGGACGCGAUGCCGGAGCUCAGGUCGCCCGUGCUGGACAGCAAUGAGAAUGUUAGCGCCAUCGACGACGGCCAGACCUUCUACUGCCACUCGCAUCAGCUCCCCGGCGAGGUGGGCGUGGGCGAGGACGUGGAGAGUGUCGGUCAGCCGAUUAGCACACCCCAAUUGCUCGAGGAGGAGCAAACGGUGGUGCCUCUGCCAGGAGUCGCUGGCGACGAGGCUGUCAAGCCAGAGGAGGCCGCCGCCGACGAGGAGGUGGGGGAGGAGAUGCUGAUCAACAUGCUGGAGGAGGUCAACAUCACACGGUACCUGAUACUCAAGAAGAGGGAGGAGGACGGGCCCGAUGUGAAGGGUGGCCACAUCGACGCCCUCAUCGUGCACGCCAGCCGUGUCCAGAAGGUCGCCGACAAUGCAUUCUGCGAGGCCUUCAUCACCACCUUCCGCACCUUCAUCCAGCCGAUCGACGUGAUCGAGAAGCUGACCCAUCGCUACACAUACUUCUUCUGUCAAGUGCAGGACAACAAGCAGAAGGCCGCCAAGGAGACCUUUGCGCUGCUGGUCCGAGUCGUCAACGAUCUAACGUUGACGGAUCUCACCAGCCAGCUGCUGAGCCUGCUGGUUGAGUUUGUCUAUCAGUUGAUUUGCUCUGGCCAGCUCUACCCGGCCAAGUUGCUGCGCAACAAGUUCGUGGAGAAGGUGACGCUGUACAAGGAGCCCAAGAUGUACGGCCUGAGCGGAGCUGAGUUGGGCGGAGCCGGUGGUGCAGCCGGAUCGGGUUUAGCCGGGAGUGGUGGAGGCAGUGCAGCCGGCGGAGGAGGCGGAGCAGGCAACCAGCCUAGCCUGCUGGACCUCAAGUCGCUGGAGAUCGCCGAACAGAUGACGCUGCUGGACGCCGAGCUGUUCACGAAGAUCGAGAUACCAGAAGUAUUACUAUUUGCCAAAGAUCAGUGCGAGGAGAAGUCGCCCAACCUCAACAAGUUCACCGAGCACUUCAACAAGAUGUCCUACUGGGCGCGCUCCAAGAUCCUGCGUCUGCAGGACGCCAAGGAGCGGGAGAAGCAUGUGAACAAGUUCAUCAAGAUCAUGAAGCACCUGCGCAAGAUGAACAACUACAACUCGUAUCUGGCGCUGCUGUCGGCCCUGGACUCGGGUCCCAUAAGAAGACUGGAGUGGCAAAAGGGCAUCACCGAAGAAGUGCGCUCGUUCUGCGCCCUCAUCGACUCCAGCUCCAGUUUUCGGGCCUAUCGCCAGGCCCUGGCCGAAACCAAUCCGCCCUGCAUACCCUAUAUCGGCCUGAUUCUGCAGGACCUGACGUUCGUGCAUGUGGGCAACCAGGACUACCUGUCCAAGGGCGUCAUAAACUUCUCUAAGCGCUGGCAGCAGUACAACAUAAUCGACAACAUGAAACGUUUUAAGAAAUGUGCCUAUCCAUUUCGACGCAACGAGCGCAUCAUACGCUUCUUCGAUAACUUCAAGGACUUUAUGGGCGAGGAGGAGAUGUGGCAGAUAUCCGAGAAGAUCAAGCCGCGCGGCCGUCGCCCAGUUAACUAGUAGUCUUCAGCAGCAACAGCAGAACACCAAUAUUAUAUAUUACAGAAUAUAUACGUAUACAAAACAUUAAUUAAACAGUGCAAACGGUUGCCACGUCUGGGAGAAGCAUCAUCGGGAGCAGCCGACAACUAUUCUAAUGGGUCUGAGCAAUAAUGUUCGCUAUUCUCUGUCUAUAUAUAUACAAUUAUACAAGAUAUCUAGCUAUAGUUACCAGCCGACGCCGGGUCGGAAAUACAUAUACUUACAUAAGAUAUAGCGAUUCAAAAACGGAUGCGGAUGCGGACACCCGUAGCCGCAGCCGCAGCCGCGUACAAAUACGAGCCGAUCUGUAGUUUAACUAUUAAGCUCUAGACAGCUAAACUCCCCACCAAUAAUCGAGUCCCUAUCUACAGGUCCCAAGAGUUUUCACGGACUUUUGCCAGCACUAGAACACCAACUUAAGACCACCAGAGACAACCAAUCAGCAGAGAAAUCAGCAACUUUCGCUUUUGUUUUGAGAUCUCUUUUUACACAAGAACACAACGAAUUUUUGGAAAGCGAGCUACGCGCACGUGGGCGUAGAGGCCAACCGACAUCUAUAUUCGACUUCGAAGAUACUUGUAGCGUAUCUCGGACUCUGAAUCGAUGCAAUCCACGAGCAGGACACCAAGCGAAAGCCACCAAGCACAAAGCGCGUAUAUGCAACUCUCUCAAGCAACCAAUAUUAAAUACCCUGUGUGUUAGAAGUUACUGAAAAGGAAAAUGAAAAUCAACUCGAAACCCCGAAAGCGAAUUCGGAUUUCAGAGUGCGGAAAAACAGAAAAACAGAAACCAGAAGCGGUGUCGAUCAAAUCAAUCAAAAAUCAAAUCAAUCAUUUCGCGACUCAAUUAAUCGAAGCAACUUUUAAAGUUACAAAAAAAGAAACAAAAGAAAAACGAAAAGAUAACCCACGGGAGAUUACCUAAAUUCAAUUUGCUUUUAAAUGUACGACUAACAUAAACAACAUAUUUAUGGGCAUGUAAUAAUAGUUCUAAAUAAAGCUUUUGACUCCUCCUUUCGAUUCUGCAAGGAAUAAAUUUAUUGAUACUGAUAUUGCGUGUAAAAACAUUAAGCUAGAGACUAUUCUGGAGCAGAGUGAAAGCUGAAUGAAAGCGAAACUGAAUCGACCUCAGUUGCUUUUACUAGGCAGCGCGCUGUCUCGUCUGAAAACAUUGUCUUCUUAUUUAGCAAUGGGAAAAGAAAAAAGGCUGCUUACUUGAAGAAUUUAAUUCCCGGUCACCAUAGCCAUUUACUAUACUAGAGAGUGAAUAUUCAUUUGUGUUAAGUGAGUUCGGUCCUCUUUUUGCUGCCGCUUCCGCUGCCGCUGGCGCAUAAAUUAUGUUUACUAAGCUAACGACCUAAGGAUAACACUGUAUUCGUUUUUUUCUCCUAUUUUUAACUAAAUACUUUGUAUAUGUAGAGAAAAUUUUCAAUUGUAAAUGUAUUUGUAACUAAAUGUUAUGCGUGUACUCGUAAGAAGAAUGAAAAUAGCUACCACAAUCAAUGUAUUUUUCCUUUAA